GGGGAGUAAUACGUCGACCAAGUUGGUCAGUCGACGAAUGUUCGUUGUGCCAGCUAGACUACAAGACUCAACAAGUGUUCUUGUCUCGAAGAAUUGCCGGAAAAUUGCAGUAAAUUAUAAUUGUACAAGUUUCUUUUUAUGGACAAAGUGUGCUUUAGAAUUUCAUAAAAUAAUAUCAAUACUAUAUAUGACAAAUAGUUUCCUUUUUUGUUAAUUCUAAACGACAGUUGUUUUUACUUAGAUAUUUUUGUGAACAAUUAACCAAGAUGAUAUAAAUAGUCGAGUUACGAUUGGUUGAGCAAAUGAAGGUUGUAGAAUUAGGAUAACACGUUAUCGUGUACGUCGAAGCUGUUUUGGUAGUGAAGUAAAGUGUGCUACUGAACAACAGGCAUUUGAACUGAAUGCGACCCUUUGUGAAGCGUUAUCGAUAGUGAUUUGAUAUAAAAAGAAGGGAAGGAAGGAGUGAGAAAUUAAAACUACAUAGAUGGCUGAAAAUAUUCUAAAAUAGCUAUCUUCGAGCGAUUAUCUUUUCAAUCACGAUUGCAUUUGCUUAAUCAAGCCAGAAUCGUGAAAGCGAUGAUGCCGAACGAAGGAAUUGACAGGUCGCUAUUACGAUAUUAAUUCAUUUAAAAAUACUUAAUUCUGAAUUUGUAAGACUAUUAGGACAAAUUAAAAAUUAAGAACGAUUCGAGAUUUUCAAUACGUUCACCGACUGCUUUUCAAGAUUACGAAAGCGUUUCUCAAGACCAAGAAGAAAGUGAUUAUCGACGAAUACGAGCGUAUCGUAUCAGAGGAAACGCGUCGACAAUAUUUCCGAGAAAGCGGCGAAAAUCAAUUAUUUUCAAUAAGACAAGGUCGAAGUUCAUCGGACUUUGAUAGUUCGGAGUAGAAGGCGGCUGUCGCAACAAGUUGAAAUCCCGCCUGAGAGACGAAAGGGCUAUAAGAGGAAAUUCUUUCCUCGAGGUCAACGUCUAAAGGAUUCUCUCGUCCCGUUUUUUUGACAUCGCCACAGAGAUGGCAAGAAAAUCGACGAACGAUACGAAUAGAGCUAGUUAACGAAGCUGCUAACUAACGAGCAAAAAGAAGACGAAACGCGUAAAGAGAAUCAUAUUUGAAUGGUUUGCCUCGGAUAAGGAACCCUCGUGCGUUUUAUCGUUCCAGACACUGUCGAGGGCGUCGGAGCAACGACUGUAUCGUCGAAUGCAUAUGCAAAUCGAGAGUGGCACUUGUGUGUCGUUCGAAUAAUAAGAGAUGUUGUGGCUAAUCGGAUCGUUGGAUUUUCAGAUUUCGUUUUCCGUUUCCGAAUUGCUGAAUAAAGGGAUCUUGUCCGUGGAAACGUAACGCUAGUAUGUUUUAAAUAAAUGAAACUAAUUUGUUUUCUGAUACCGUAUGGAUCUUUUUAAUUCGUGUAUAAAGAUAAGAAAAGGAUUGAUGUUGUAACGAAGGAAAGUUUUGCAGUUAUGAAAAGUAUUCGCUUGAAAAUGAUUCGAUCAAAAAUUUGUUGUUAUUCAUCUUGAUUAAUAAAUGGAGAAUUUCUAUUAAUUAUGGAUAAUAAAUUUAAUCACAGUACGUGGUUGCUUCUGUUUUAGAGGAGGUACUUUUUAUGGAGUCAAUGGAAACCAUUGGAAAAUUCUUGACUGGUAAAUAUUUGUUUUACGUAUUUCUAUGCAGCGAUGCUGAAAAUAUUGAGUACGACGUAAAUGGAAUCUCGUACAAAAAUUUCGAAGUGCAUAAUUGGAUUAUGAAUUUUAAAGAGAAGAGAAUCGAGACGUUGUGAUUUUACGUGAAGAUACGAUGACUAAUAUUCAUACCGACACCGUGUUCAUUCCGUCUUGCAUUUCACUUAUUGAAAACAUGUCACAACGAAGGAGUAUAUGAACGCGAUACAAAAUGGACGAUUCUCUAACAAACGGCACAAUUUUUGAUCUCGAAUCCGGAGAUGAGAGCCUCAAGCAUUUUCCACGAUCAGUUACUAUGGCAGCUGCGAUUUGUGCGAUAAUUUUUAGCAUCGUCGGAGUUGCGGGUAAUUUGGUAACGGUGAUAGCACUGUUAAGAUAUACAAGGUUGAGACGGCAUGCUACGACCGCAUUUGUGAUAAGUCUUAGUAUUUCAGACUUGAUUUUCUCUGCCGUAAAUUUACCAUUAACUGCGAGCAGAUAUUUGAAGGAGGCGUGGGUACUGGGUGAAACCCUAUGCAAAAUAUUUCCGCUCUUCUUUUAUGGGAAUGUAGCAGUGUCUCUGCUUAGUAUGGUGGCGAUUACGAUCAAUCGGUAUAUACUGAUCUCGAGAUCAGAGAUAUACGCUCAAUUAUACACCACGCAACGGAUUAUUCUAAUGCUGAUCGCCAUUUGGACGCUGAGUUUCUGCCUACUUUUGCCACCAUUACUCGGUUUUUGGGGGACACUCGGCUUAGAACCAUCUACAUUCUCCUGUACGAUUCUAAAGAAGAAUGGUGCGAGUCCAAAGAAAUUCUUGUUCGUUCUAGGAUUUGUCGUGCCUUGCGUGGUAAUAAGCGUAUCUUAUCUUUGCAUUUAUUGGCGUGUAAGAAAGAGCAGAAAGAAUCUGGAGGCUCAUACCGGAGCCUCCAGGAGGAAAACUGGAGGAUUUCAACGAAGAGAGGAUUCCAGAGUGACCAGAUUGAUGUUGACCAUAUUUUUGUGUUUCCUUCUGUGUUUCAUGCCACUGAUGCUGGUCAACGUGAUCGAUGACAAAAUAAAAGUCCCGGUUUUCCAUGUGAUAGGUUCUGUACUUGCGUGGGCCUCCUCUGUAAUUAAUCCUUUCAUCUAUGCUGGCACUAACAAGCUGUACAGAGAAGCCUAUAAGCAACUUUUGUGUCCAGUUUCUAGCAAACUACCGACCACUGGACCGAAACCGACGCAUUCUCAUUCGAGUAAAGUAUCGUCACCUCAAGCCACUUAAAAUUCAAUAACUUUAUAUUCCAAUCGACGGUUUAUUGUUGUUUGAAAGACCAUUUUUUAUCUACUUGGGUACUAAUAAAUAUCACGACAUAGGUAUAUCGAAAAUUAUUCGAAAUUUGAGUAAUAAAAAUAUUCUGAAGGUAUUUUCGUGACAUCUAAAUUAUCUAAACUGGUUAAUGGUAGAAGCGAAACAAGUGAAAGAUGUUUAAAAAUUUUAGAGUAGAUAGUAAUAGUAGUAGAAUAAGUACUUUGACCAAAGUUGUAUAUUUUAUUAAAAAAGAAGUUUAUGUUUCAAUUAUCUAUAGCGAAACUUCUCUCGAUUAAUUUAUGAUCUUUUGAGGAAUGCGGAUAAACAAAUCCUUGCGAGGAGCAAUAAGUGUACGUGAUUAUUACAAAUAAUUCAGCUUAGUUUUAGUUCGUUGGGCAUUUAUUAGGAUAAAUUUAAAUAAUGAUUUUUGUAACUUAACUUCAUAUUGCAAACAAUUGUAUCUGUACAUUAAUAUUAAUAUUGCUUCUUUAUGCUUAUGUUAAUAACAAAAGUAACAUAAAGAUUGAAAAACAUAAUACAAGUAUUAUACUUGCUAGAUUAAUUGUUGCGAAACUAAUUAGCGUAGUAACGUUAAAUUAUAAUUUUUUCAUUUACAAGAUUUCUGUGUACGCGAUACUGAGAAGCACAUGUACAAAGCAUAAAAUCUCACACUAAUAUUCUAUGUAAAUAUAUUAUAGGAAAUAAGUUAUGAUAAAUAAUACUAUUUAGAAUGAAAUACGUUAUGUGUCGUAUUUUCUAGUUAUAAUAAUUUCUGUAAAGUCUGAUCUAUGAAAUAAAGCAAAAACCAAUAAAUUUUAUAUAUACAUAUUAAGUAAUAUAGAAAUCACAAUAUUAUAAUACUUUCUCUACUUCUUGUUCGAUUUUAAAGUUUAAUAGUAAAACUUUGUAUAAUUCCAGUUUAUCUCAUUUUAUCUAUCGACAAUGAUUUAUUAUUUUUAGAUAAUGUCUACACGGAAACCUAGAUAUAGCAUAGGUGUAUUACCUAAUAAAUCUUUUUAUCCUA